UUCUGCUAACAGGUGUGAGAGAGAGCACACCAAUCUUCAUAGCCUGAUACGGAAUCCUUCCUCAUUGUUCGCAGGAAUAUCAAUCUAAGUCAUAUGUUGAUCACUUUCUAGCCAAGAGAGAUACAUUUAACGGUUAUUUGAAACAUACAUCGAAUAAAACAGUGUAUUAUUAGUGUUUGGAAAGACCCCGUCCUCCUAUUUAAAAAGACACGGGACAUCAGAGAGAAACCAUGUCAAUGAAAAAACCCAGCUUGAAUUUACCCAAAAUGAGCAGAAACCCGGUGGUGUUGGAAGGAGAGAUGUUCGGCGAAUUUCAGGACUGGUGUCUCCGUACUUACGGGGACUCGGGUAAAACAAAGACAGUCACCCGGCGAAAAUACAAUAAGAUUCUCCAGACCCUUUUACACACCGACGACUCCGACGCGGUCUACAUCGAGAGCAACCACAUCAACGCCAAAUUCAAAUUCUGGGUGAAAUCCAAAGGGUUCCAGGUCGGGACCAUUCAAGGGGACCUGAACAAGAAUGGAGCCACUGACAUACCUGUCCUGUACGUUCCCAUCAAGGUGACGUGUGUGGACGGGAGCUCUGGGUCGGAAUCCUCUCUGAAGAGGGUGGCGGUGGUGGAGGACUUCUUUGACAUCAUCUAUGCCAUGCACGUAGAGAUCAGCACCGACCCCGGCAAAGCACCCAAACACGCCGGACAGAAGAAGACCUACAAAGCGAUAGCGGAGACGUAUGCCUUCCUGCCCAGGGAGGCAGUGACCCGUUACCUGAUGAGCUGUGGUGAGUGUCAGAAGCGGAUGCACAUCAGCCCUGGCGGCGCAGAGUUCAAAGAAAAUGACAGACCGACAUCACUGGUGCCGGAUCUCAUCGACUACAACAUGCCGCUGACCACCACCUAUCUGAAGCAGAUGAAACUCCAGUGCAUGAGUACCAAUGAGCAGGAUGAGACUUCAGUGAGCAGUGAGGACUUUGAUAUGAACGACCCCACAUGGAUAUCAGCUGAUCACGGCCCUGCUUCCAACCUGAGUCCCCCGAACCGCAGAGAGAGAAUGCACAGCCCACAGAACGCACACAUUAAGGAGGAGGACGAUGACUCAUCCUCGGAGAGCGGCAGUGGGAACGGCAUGCACACCAUGACCCUUCCAUCUGCGGGCGGGGCGGCCCCGGGGUCUGAGAGGUGCAUGGGGGGAACCCCGUACAGGAAGGUGGUAAACGGCAACAGGCCCUCGGCCCCGCUGGACUUCAGCACCACCUCCUCGUCCUCAUCGUCCGAGGACCAACAGGCUCCAGUCAACCUGAGUGAGACCAGGCUGCCUGGGUCUGCCCUGAUGGGCCCCUUCCAGCUCGACCCCCCAGACGAGCUGCGCAGGAAGUACCCCGUCAAGCCUCUCACCCAUGCCACUGAGCUGCGCCUGGACAGAGACUCGAUCAGGGACUAUGGCAACAAGUCUCCUCAGUACAGCUCAGGAAGCUACGACUCAUUGAAGACGGAGACAUGUGCCGAGGACUUGACCGUGACCAGAGGCGUGGCGGCGGCAGACGACGAUGACGACGAUGAUCACGACGACAGUGACAAGAUCAACGACACAGAGGGCAUGGACCCUGAGAGACUAAAGGCCUUCAACAUGUUUGUGCGUCUGUUUGUGGAUGAGAACCUGGACCGCAUGGUGCCCAUCUCAAAGCAGCCCAAGGAGAAGAUCCAGGCCAUCAUUGAGUCGUGUAGCCGCCAGUUCCCAGAGUUCGAGCUGCGUGCUCGCAAGCGCAUCCGCACCUACCUCAAAUCCUGCCGCCGAAUGAAGAAGAACGGCAUGGAGACACGACCCACCCCACCUCACCUCACCUCAGCCAUGGCUGAGAACAUCCUGGCAGCCGCCUGCGAGAGCGAGACACGCAAGGCUGCCAAGAGGAUGCGGCUGGAUGUCUACCAGGCACAUGAGGAGCAGAUAGCACUUGACAAGCCCAGUUCUCGUGAGCCAGCCUCCCUGGCCCACUCUGCCUACUCCCUGGCCGCCUCAGCCUACUCCCAGGACCAGCUCUACAUCAACGGUGGGCUCAACUACAGUUACCGUGGUUACGGGGGCCUGGGAGCAAGCAUGCAACACCCUGUCUCCUUGACAACCGCCACUGCUCAGAGCAACGGCCCUACUGACCUCAGCAUGAAGUCCCUGGUGUCCAACUCGUCAUCGGCCAGCUCCAACAGCCACGGGCGGAGCGGUGGGGGCGGAGGGAGUGGGGCCUCGGCACAGCUCAGCCCCACGGAGAUCACAGCCGUGCGUCAGCUCAUCGCCGGUUACCGCGAAUCAGCCGCCUUCCUGCUCCGCUCGGCCGACGAGCUGGAGACCCUGAUCCUGCAGCAGAACUGAGAUGAAA